UCUACUUGUAUUCCUUGACCUCUCUCUCUCUCUCCUCCUCCUCCUCCUCCUCCUCUCUAUUCCCCUGCCAUUCUUAUUAAACAAUUUCACACAGAGUGGGUUGAAUCUUUAAAAUACUCUUUUCUCUCUCAUAUACUCUCCAAACUCAUUUUUUGUGUUCAAAGUAUGGAGCUGGGCUUGAGCUUGGGAGAUGCAUCAAAAUCUUCAAGCUUGUUGAAAGAGAACAACUCCCCGAAUGAGCACCAAAAUCAAACCGGCCUCGAUUUCUGCAUGUCUUUGGGGCUCACCUCCAAUUAUCAAGAAAGAGGAAAAGCCCAUGAUCAAAACGACGACGCAUCGGCGAGUGAUGCCAGUCAAGAUGAAACUCCUCUCCAAUUGAAUCUCCUACCUCUUGCUCCUCUUCCUCGCCAGAUUUCUUCCCGACUUUGGUCUUCCGACAAUGGGAGCUCGGAAAAUGGGUCGUCGGCGGCCAAGGGAUUUGACGUGAACCGGACGCCGGCGGCGGCGGAGGCCUCGUCGGCGAACAGCAAGCGAGAAUUCGAGGCGGACGACGACAACGGCCACAACGCUCGCAAAAAGCUCAGAUUGUCGAAAGAGCAAUCCGCUUUUCUCGAAGAAAGCUUCAAAGAACACAACACCCUUAAUCCCAAACAGAAACUUGCGCUUGUGAAACAGCUGAAUCUACGAGCCCGACAGGUGGAGGUGUGGUUCCAGAACAGAAGAGCGAGGACGAAGCUGAAGCAGACGGAGGUUGACUGCGAGUAUUUGAAGAAAUGCUGCGAAACGCUGACUGUGGAAAACAGAAAACUGCAAAAGGAGUUGCAAGACUUGAGAGCACUCAAAACUUCAAAUCCAUUCCAAGCCGCCACCACUCUCACCAUGUGCCCCUCCUGCGAGCGCGUCGCCUCCACCUCCGCCGCCGCCAAGGUCAUUCCGUUUCCGCUAGCGAGGCCCAGAUUUUACCCCUUUCCGAAUCAGCCCGCCGCCUCCUGAUUGAUUUAACGGUACUUGUAAAUAUACAUGGAAAUAACUAAAUUAGCUAGCUAGGUCCUUAAUUUGUGUUUUUUUUCCUUUCUUGUCAUGUGUUUGGUUUGAUGGUGGUGGAUUGAGCAAAUUUUUCAGCUCGUACUAUGUUGAUUGUGUAGGAGAAUACAAUUAAACAUAAAUUAGUUUGGGGCAAAAUUCCAGUUGAUUAAUUACUAAUUCAUUGUUUUUGCCCUGCAUUCAUUUCUGAAUGGAAAAAACUGCUUUUUC